AUGGCCGACCAGGAAGUGGAUCUGGACUCCAUCAUUGAUCGCCUCCUGGAGGUGAGGGGCAGCCGACCGGGCAAGCAGGUGCAGUUGCUGGAAUCAGAAAUUCGCUACCUCUGCACCAAGGCUCGCGAGAUCUUCAUCUCGCAGCCCAUCCUCCUCGAACUGGAGGCACCCAUCAAGAUUUGCGGUGAUAUCCACGGUCAAUACUAUGAUCUGCUGCGCCUGUUCGAGUACGGAGGAUUCCCCCCGGAGGCCAACUAUCUUUUCCUCGGUGACUACGUCGAUCGUGGCAAGCAGUCUCUCGAGACCAUCUGCCUGCUACUGGCUUACAAGAUCAAGUACCCCGAGAACUUCUUCAUUCUGCGUGGCAACCAUGAGUGCGCCUCCAUCAACCGUAUCUACGGUUUCUACGAUGAAUGCAAGCGCCGAUACAACAUCAAGCUCUGGAAGACUUUCACCGACUGCUUCAACUGCCUACCCAUUGCGGCUAUCAUUGACGAGAAGAUCUUCACUAUGCACGGUGGCCUGAGCCCUGACCUGAACUCGAUGGAGCAGAUUCGCCGAGUUAUGCGCCCCACUGAUAUUCCUGACUGCGGUCUCCUCUGCGAUCUCCUCUGGUCUGACCCUGAUAAGGAUAUCACCGGCUGGAGCGAGAACGACCGUGGUGUCUCAUUCACAUUCGGACCCGACGUUGUAUCACGCUUCCUGCAGAAACACGACAUGGACUUGAUUUGCCGUGCCCACCAGGUUGUGGAGGAUGGUUACGAAUUCUUCUCGAAGCGCCAGCUGGUUACGCUCUUCAGUGCACCCAACUACUGUGGUGAAUUCGACAAUGCAGGUGCAAUGAUGAGUGUUGACGAAAGCUUGCUCUGCUCUUUCCAGAUCUUGAAACCAGCAGAAAAGAAACAAAAGUACGUCUACAGUGGGAUGAGCUCCGGCGGUCCAAUCACUCCUCCGCGCAAACAAAAGAAGUAA